CUCUCACUUCAGUCUAUUGGUUGAUCGCGUAUAGUUAUUUUCCGUUCGGUAAUUCUCGUGUUGUUGCUUGCUUCGAGGAUCUUUCUUGUUACCUUUAACUAUUUAAAACACUAUCGAGAUGGAGACAAACGAGUACAGUGAUUAUCGAAGCCCAUUAGCGACGAGAUACGCGUCGAAGGAAAUGCGGUACAACUUCAGCGAGCAAAAAAAGUUCAGCACGUGGCGACAACUCUGGGUCUACCUUGCAAAAGCUGAAAUGAAACUAGGACUGGCUAUUACUCAAGAGCAAAUCAAUGAAAUGGAGACACACAUCGAUAAUAUCGAUUUCGAAGCAGCUGCCAAAGAAGAGAAGGCUACUAGACAUGACGUGAUGGCUCAUGUUCACGUUUUUGGGAAUCAAUGUCCUAAAGCAGCACCUAUCAUUCAUUUGGGUGCUACUAGUUGCUACGUCGGUGAUAAUACCGAUCUACUGGUACUUCAUGAAGGAUUUCAAAUUCUUUUGCCAAAACUGGCGAAGGUCAUACAAAAUCUUUCCAAAUUUGCUACGGAAUAUGCUUAUGUUCCAACGUUAGGAUUUACCCAUUUACAACCAGCUCAGCUAACUACAGUUGGUAAAAGGGCUUCUCUUUGGCUCCACGAUCUACUGAUGGACGAAAGAGCUCUUUUACGUGCGAAAAAUGAUCUAAAAUUCCGUGGUGUAAAGGGUACGACAGGAACUCAAGCAUCAUUUCUCCAAUUGUUCGAUGGAGAUUCUGAAAAAGUAAAGCAAUUAGAUGCUCUAGUAACAAAGAUGGCUGGAUUCGAGAAACAUUAUGCUGUUACAGGACAGACGUAUAGUAGAAAAGUAGAUGUGGAAUGUUUGAUCGUUUUAAGUUCAUUAGGAGCUACUGUUCACAAGAUUUGUACCGACAUCAGGCUGUUAGCGAACAUGAAAGAACUGGAAGAACCAUUCGAAACGACUCAGAUAGGAUCCAGUGCUAUGCCAUAUAAGAGGAAUCCGAUGCGUUCUGAAAGAUGUUGCAGUAUUGCACGUCAUUUGAUAACACUGUGCAGUAACGCACUUCAAACCGCAGCUACUCAAUGGAUGGAAAGAACAUUGGACGAUUCAGCCAUACGUAGAAUAACUCUUUCUGAAGCUUUUCUUUCAGCGGAUGUCAUUCUUAUGACGUUACAAAACAUCACGGAAGGUUUAGUAGUAUAUCCCAAGGUCAUUGCAAAGCACGUUGCUCAGGAAUUACCUUUCAUGUGUUCAGAAAAUAUUAUAAUGGCUAUGGUGAAAACUGGUGGCGAUAGACAAGUGUGCCACGAAAAAAUUCGAGUGCUAUCGCAAGAAGCUGGAGCUCAGGUGAAGCAACAUGGUCUCGACAAUGAUUUAAUUGAUAGAAUUAAAAGGGAUCCAUACUUUGAACCAAUAAUUGGUCAACUCGAUGAUUUGUUAAAUCCUUCAACCUUCGUUGGUAGAGCUCCCGAGCAGGUUCUCGAGUUUAUUAAGGAGGAAGUUCAACCUGUUCUCGAAAAAUACAAGUACAUGAGCGGUCCGGUUGAACUUAACAUUUAAAACUGUGACAUUUUAACAUAAUUUUGUUAUCGUAGAGAACUAAAUAGUUCUACAAUUUUUAUACAAUUAUUAUAUAGAAGAGAAUUCUAAAUUUCAUACAUUUUAAAGGAAUAUAUAAAGGAAAUAUUCAACAUUAUUCAAGAUAAAGAUCAAUUGUUUUAGUAUUGAGAAGAUCACAUAUUUAUAGUAAGAAUAGUAAGAACUUAGGCUUUCAACAUUAAAAAAAAAAGAUCAUUCUUGUAAAUAUUAAUCAUUGUGUCUAAAAAUAUGCAAUAUUUCAUACUCUCAUAGAUAAUAUACCGUAAAAAAGCUCAUCUAUCAAUAAGAAACUUGUCUCAACUGCUAUGCUAGAUAAAUGAUUAAAAUUUUAUAUUACAUAUAUUAUCAAGUAUAUUGUAUUGCCUAUUUUCAGCGAUUAUUUGUAAUGUAAAUGAUUAUAAUAAAUGUAUAAAUGCUCUCCAAA